AUGACAAACGAAACAAACGGCCUGCUGGCGGGCCUUUCAGCGGAACUGGUGAGUAUUACAGAGAGAGUAGGAGCGUCCGUUGUGCGAGUGGACGACGGGACGCGCCUGACGGCGACGGGAAUCAUCUGGUCGGCAGAUGGAAUUAUCGUUACGACAUCGCACGGCGUAGAGCGCGACGAGGAGGUCUUCAUUGAAUUGCAUAAUGGAACGCGCCUCGCCGCGACGCUGAUAGGCCGCGACCCGGACACCGAUAUUGCGGCGCUGCGUGUGGCGGCGACCGGCCUGCCCCCUGCGGAAGUCGCGGCGGACGACGCGGCAAAAAUCGGGCAAUUCGCGCUGGCAUUAGGCCGUCCGGGCAACUCCGGCUUGCAGGCCACUUUUGGAAUCGUCAGCGCAAGGCUGGACUCGCAAAGCGAAGGCGGCCCUGAAACCGUGCUGCAUACCGACGCCGUCUUUUAUCCCGGAUUUUCCGGCGGGCCGCUGGUCAAUGUCGCGGGGCAGGUCAUCGGUCUAAACAAUCUGAUGUUCGGACGCGGCAAAGGCGUUUCGCUCGGCGUUUCUAUUGUGCGGCACGUCGUGGAAGGGCUGCUGGCGCACGGCAAGAUGCCGCGGGGCUAUCUGGGUGUUCGGACACAGGCGGCGGCCCUGCCUGCGCACCUCAUCGAAUCGCUUCCUCUCACGCAAGAUCGCGGUCUGCUGAUCGUGCAGGUUGAGCAGAAAAGUCCGGCGGAACAGGGUGGCUUACUGCUCGGCGAUACGCUGCUGAGCGUGAGCGGGCAGCAAAUCACGGAUGUGGACAGCCUUCGUUCGCAGCUGCGGCAGCAUCACGCGGGGCAGGAAAUCGCCCUGAACCUGCUGCGCGGCGGCGUUCUGCUCACGCUGGCCGUGACGUUAGGAACCGAAAACUAG